CACACUGUUAUAUUAUAUCCUUAUUAUUUGAUUUAGAUUGUUCGAGUUAGACGUUAAAUUUUCAGUUAGAGAAAUUCGUAAUUUUGAGUUAGAUAGUUUUUGAACACAAUGGCCGAUCGCCCUAGAAGAGAGGGAGCGGGACAUAACUACAAAAGCUUAGCAGAGUAUGGGCUUCCAGUUGUAGGUGAAGUCGAAGCCGAAGUAAAACCCAAAACUCCAAGCAGCGCCCGUAGGAGGUUAGAGGCCGCACAACUGUUAGACAGAUCGUUCAACGAGGAAGACGAGAGUGAUGAAGAGCUAACACAAUUGAGAAAGUCGUUCCAAGAAGCCGGGGAGAGUUUGAAAAAGCAAAAAAGAGAAAAUGAGAAACAGCGUCUUCGGGUGGAACUUAAAAAGAAGCAGGAUGAGCUAGAGCAGGAGAAAGACAUAACCAACAAACAUGUACUGGUGUUAUCCGAUUCAAUCUGUAAACAUUUAUCUGGCAUUUCUAACAUGGACCUUCAAGCUUACAGUGGUGCUCGUAUUUCCACUAUUAAGAAGAAACUGGAUCAAGGUGAAAUAAACUUGAGUAACUAUUCAUACUGUCUUAUUCAUGUUGGAACUAACGAUGUUAGAGACUUUUCUGUAGAUCGAAUCAUUGCUGAUUUUAGAGAGUUAUUUGUAAAAUUUAAAUCUUUGUCUCCGCAUAUCAAGCUUUAUAUAUCUUCUAUUUUACCAAGACCUGUAGAUUUUGAUUUAACUGGUUUUAAAUGUGCUAAUAUUAAUAAGCAAUUACUUUCUGUAUGUUCUAAAUAUAACAUUAUUUUUAUAAAAUCAUAUAAAAGGUUUCUUGUAAGAGGGCGUCCUAUUAGGUCUCUUUUUGCCUUUAAGGACGGAGGGUUGCAUCUUAAUGAAGCUGGUCUAUACGAGCUUCGCAGAUGCUUUCAACAUGUUAUCAGUCAUAUAUAAUUUGUAUUAUGUAUUUUUUGUUGUAUGAUAAUCACCUUAUGGUUUGUUUGUAUGCUUUGUAUAUUGAUAGGAGGUCAUCGAUGUUAAUCUUAUAAGGGAGCAAUUUAUCCCUUAGGAUUUUGAUCUUACAAAGAAGUGUACUAUUCUUUGGGAUCAUAAGCUUACUUGAAGUUAGUGCACUUACAGGGGAGUCCGUCAUAUUCUCUGAGUGUGUCGUAUAAAGGAAGUUUCUUAUUCCUUUUUAUUCAACUGAAACUUACAAGGAAGUGUUUCAUUCCUUGGGUUUCAAUUCUUCUAUUUGCGUGUGUGUGUAAUUUGUGU